AUGGUCGUUGACGAGGCGGCGGGCGUCUCGCGGGAACCGCGGAAAAGGCCGACGACUCGACCUGUUGACGUCUCGUGGCGAGGCGAGGACAUCAGCCUGUCGUUCGGCCACUUUGACGUCCUCGGCACACUUGGCACUCGCACCUUUGGCCUCGUCCUCCUCGUCCGGCUGCACGCCUCCCCUCCACAACCGGCGGAAACGCAACCGUACUACUUCGCCAUGAAGGUACUCGAGCAGAACGUGAUCGCGCGGUUGCGGCAGGUCGAGCAGGCCAACUUGGAACGGACAACGCUCGCGCACUUCGACCAUCCCUUCGUCGUCGACCUCUGUUGCGCCUUCCAGGACGGAGCCAACCUGUACAUGCUCCUCGAGUUUGUCCAGGGCGGCGAGCUCUUCUUGCACUUCCGGCGAGCCGGCCGCUUCCCCCCUCCCCGAGGUCUCGCGCUUCUACAUCGCUAA